AUGUACAAGCGACGGAAAGUAUUAUCAAAGAUGAUACGAGUAUCUGUCUGGUACAACUUUCCUGCCGAUCCUGUGAUAGCCAAUCGCUGGAUUGAAAUAAUAAGACGUAAUCGCAGACAGGAUUGGUGGAAGCCAAGUAAUUAUACAAAGAUAUGCUCCGUGCAUUUCUGUAUCAAUGAUAAGUAUGAAACUAAAAAAGGGUUGCGAAGAAUUCGCCGUGGUGCUGUGCCAACAAAGCGUCUUUUCCUAUCUAUAUCGGACUCUGACAGCGAGGAAGAAAACGCUGAGACACAUGAAGAUUCUAGUAAGAUAAUAUGUGAUGAGAGAAUCAAUACAGAUCUAUCUUCUUAUUCACGUCCCGGUACAUCCACGGGCCUUGCAAUGAUAGCAAGCGCUAAUAUAGCGGACGAGAAUGCUAAAGUCAAUGAAAAAACAUUGAAUAUAGGAUCUGAACCUCAAUUCAAAAAAGUCGCCGACAACGUCAGGAACUGGAACAAAAAGCCAGCAGACAGUGAGAACCUGGCCCUCUACUCUCUCUACAAGCAAGCACUGUUCGGAGAUGUAAACAUUCCCGAGCCCAGCGGCAUGGUGGAAAAGGCAAAAUGGAACGCGUGGAGUGGUCGUAAGGGCAUGUCGCAAGACGACGCCAAGAAACAAUACGUUGAGAUGGGCGAGAAAUUACAUUCUAAAUACGCAUAA